AUGCAAGAAGACGAGCCGUCCUUGAACAUCCCAUCUCUCCUCACGCUAGCGGUUGUUUCGUUCUUUGUGAUACGAUGGUUUUUCAAUCGCGACGAGGGCUCCUCGGCUGGCGGCAGGCCCCGCGGGCGAGGCAAUAUUGUUGACCCGGCGCAGGUCGAGCAAAUUUCCCAGAUGUUCCCACAGCUAAGCACUCGUGAUAUUAUGUGGGACUUGCAGCGCAAUGGGGGUAGUGUUGCGGCGACGACAGAGAGGAUCUUGACUGGCCGUGGCCUGGAAACGCCACCCCCGUCAUUCCAACCCCAGGUCGCGAUUCCUUCGGUGAAUGCCCAGCCCACCCAGGCCGCACGAGCCGCAUCGGCGUCAAAGGGCGAUGCGCAGGACUUGAUUUCCCGGUAUAAUUUGAGCGGAAAGAUCGCAGCUGAGAGUCCCGCAGACUCGGCUCCCACCCCAGCAUCUACAAGCGCAUGGUCUCAGAACAAAGAGGAGCGCCAAAGGUUGCUGCAGAAGCGUCGGGAUGAGAUGAUUCUUGCAGCGCGAAGAAAGAUGAUGCAGAAGAACCAGGGCAAAUCCCAAUAA